AUGGAUAACGACUAUUUUUCCAUUGAUGCCAUCUUAGCUGAAAAUCAGAAAAUACAAUGUACCUUCAAAGUCGACAUCCCCGACAUGGGUCACCUCGCAGGUGGAUCUGACCGUGAUAUCAAAUCAUUGACGAAGGCUCCAAUACCGAUAUGGCUAGCCUAUAUCAUGUUGUUCUCUGACUGGGCUGACUUCACUAUCCCUUCACCCUUUGGCACACGAGUAAGAAACGCGCUCAAGGCUGAGCCUCGGAGCGUAAAGCUAUCCAACUUGGUUGGUGCAGGUGGACUAUGGUACGGUUUUGGAAAGAUGGUCAUGGAUAUUUUGAGCGAAGAGCAGGCAAAUGGUAUAUCAGAAGUGCUGACAAAGGCCUUCAAAGGGCGUUUGCUGGAGGUGAUUGAUCAAGCGCAGCAUUUCGCGGCGCUUGGCCCUGCAGGAGGAGGUGGACCUUCUACUGAUACUGCACAGUCAUUUAGAGAAGGGCUUGAUGGUACAGAAAGGGAAUUGUUUGCGCUGGCUCAAGAAAGCGCAAAACGAAUGAAACGUUGGCAUGAAGGAAAUGACAAGGCACGUCGAUGA